GGCCCUCCUCUGAUACGCUGUGACUUGUUUCCUCCUGGAAGACUCGGCAGAGACGCGCACAAGUCCGCGUCCUCCUUUUGGUGGACCCAGAGUCUGCAGCAGAAUGGACGAGGACUCUUCCUGAACUCUGAAGACUGACUUCUGAAACUACCUGGACUUUUGGCGUGGGAUAGCGCAGAAUGUGGACGAGGCGAGGUCUGCGUAAAGCUUCAGAGGUGGAAGAGAGGAAGAGUGAAGUGUGAGGCUAAAAUGUGGAGGGGACACCGAGGGGCAAGUUUCAUGAGUUUGGAGAUCUGAGGGCGCACCAAGAGGAGGGAAGAGUUCUCUGCGCUCUGGAUCAGCUCUGGAGACUUCACUGACAGAUUAAUGCGUUAACGCUCAUCCAAUCUGGUUUCAAAUCAAACUAAAUGAACAAUCAGCGAGAGGGGAUGAUCUGAAUCUGGGACGCUCUCAAAGUUUACUCCUCUGGGAAUCUAUCUCCAAGGUAUCCGUCUACCUCCUCUUCCUCUCUUUUCCCUUCAUUUUUGUUGUUGUGAUCCCCGAAGUGGCUCCGAAGUGGUGUUGCGGCUCCUCGUCCCCGGCGGAUCCGGAGAUUGGAGUCUCUGCAGCGGGAGGAGUUGGAGUGGGAGCUCCGGUCACAGCGCAGGCUCCAAAGAGCGGCCGCGUAAAAAGGAUGGUUCGUCUGACGGCGGAGCUGCUGCUGCUGCUGGGACUCCUUCUCCUCACCUUACACAUCACGGUGCUGCGGAGCUCCCCGCUGCAGCAGGGGAACGGAACUGAGAGCCUGGACCAGGACGCAGCGCUGACAGAGAACAAUAUAAAUGCAAAAAGCAGCUCCUCAGCCCAGCUGGCUCCCGAAGACCGGAGAUCCGGUCCUGAACACCGGCUGACCCACCGGCCUGCCACCCUCCCCUGGGCACAGGGCAGCAACAUGCACCGAGACGGCCCGGGGGCUUUCCUCCUCGAUCUGCACAACUUCCCCGACCUCUCCAAAGCAGAUAUCAAUGGACAGAACCCCAACAUACAGGUGACCAUUGAAGUGGUGGACGGACUGGAGAGCCAUGAGCCAGAAAAAGGCCUCCGAAAGGAAAGCAAGCCCAGCUGGGCGUCUCCUAACUGGAGGAACUGGUGGCCUCGCUCUUCUUCACCCUCCUCCUCUUCUACCCAUCAAAACGAGGAACACGAUCGCUCGUACGGGAGCAACGGCGAGGACAGCAACUUCCUCCGGCCGUCGGCAGACUGGGACAGGAGAGGAGGCACCGGGGGAGGAAGCAAAACCCAAAGUGAAUACGAUUAUAUGGACGGAGAGGGGGACUGGAGUAACUGGACGGCGUGCAGUGUCACCUGUGGAAACGGGAACCAGAAGAGAACGCGGUCGUGUGGUUACGCCUGUACAGCCACUGAGUCCAGAACCUGUGACAUGCCAAACUGCCCAGGUAUUGAAGACGCCUUCAAGACUGCAGCGACUGAAGUGAGCCUGUUAGCUGGAACAGAUGAGUUCAAUGCCACGGAGCUCUUUGGUGUUGACACAGACAGCUGUGAGCGAUGGAUGAACUGCAAGAGCGACUUCUUGAAGAAGUACAUGACCAAAGUGGCGAACGACCUCCCCAGCUGCCCCUGCUCUUACCCGACUGAGGUGGCCUACAGCACGGCAGACGUACACGACCCUCCCACUCGCAGAGAUUUCCGAUGGAAGGACGCCAGUGGGCCCAAAGAGAAGCUGGAGAUUUACAAGCCGACGGCCCGUUACUGCAUCCGCUCCAUGCUGACGCUGGAGUCCACCACUCUGGCAGCUCAGCACUGCUGCUACGACGACAGCAUGAAGCUCAUCACGCGGGGCAAAGGAGCCGGGACGCCGAACCUCAUCAGUACCGAGUUCUCGGCUGAUCUGCACUACAAGGUGGACAUCCUACCGUGGAUCAUCUGCAAAGGAGACUGGAGCCGCUACAACCAGGCAAGGCCGCCAAACAACGGACAGAAGUGUCCUGAAAACCCGCAGGACGAGGACUACUACAAACAGUUUGAGGAAGCGAGGGAGUUCUAGCCUGCUGCAGAGAGAACGGAGGAAAAACACUGCGUAAAUAUUCAGCUAAACCUCAGAAAUGGUGCUGAAACCAUUUUUUAUUUUUCUAACGUGAACUUUUUGGCUCUGAGGAACAAGACUUAGGCUCUUUUGAACUAGGACUAAAAAUCCCCGGAGUCACAAGAAACUUUGACAUAAAUGGGCACAAACUUUGCUUUGUUUUUUAACAUUUUUAUAAAACAUGCCUCUGAAAAAUGACGGAAAAUGUCUCCAGUAAUGUUCUACCAAUAUAACUCUUAAAGAUUUGGUCACUAAAGGGAGUUUUUUUAUUCUAAAAAAGGGAAGAUUAUUAUUUUAGAAAUGUUCGUUUAGAUUGAUUUAAUGUUUGUCGCCAUAGGUUGUCCAUGUUCAGUGAAUCAGAGAGGUCUCCCAUUUUUUCAGUCACAAUACCCAGGUCCUCAUGUAUGCUUGUGAGUUUAUUUAGCAUGCACAUUCUUUUGUUUUUACAGUUAAUUUCCAUCCAUGUCCCCCAUGUCUGUGAGGCAGAUCUUUGUAAAAAUCUUGCAUUAUUUUUGUAAAGUAUUUAUUAAGUUGUAGCUGUGUCUGAGUUGGUUGUCUUUGACUGUGGUUUCUGAUAACUCCUAUGGCUGAAUGCUAACUUGAGAUUCCUCUCUAGCUCAAACUUUUAUUCAUCUCUCAAGUUAGGAUUAAACCGUUAUCGAGCAUAAAGAAUGUGUGGAUUUAUCUGUAUGGAAAGAUCUUUGAGAUAUAAGUCUAUUAAUAAAUUUUUAAAAAGCCAAUG